AUGGCAAGGAACAGCUCGGACGGGGUAGAGAUUCUUGUCCACAUCACAGCACCAAGUCGAGCAACUGAUGAUGUUUCAUAUCGACAACUUGCCCAAGCUUAUCUAGCCUUUGAGCCUCACGGGCGCACGCAACUACCUGUGAUAGAAUCGCAGACAGCUGAGAAACAACAGCGUGUGCCAGAAGGAUAUCAAGGAGCGCCAUCGCCAAGUCAGACCAGGGUAACAACUUCGUUUGGACGAUCCUUUGAGAUCACAUCCCAGGAUCUAAGUUUCGAAGGAGCUAUAGACAAUCGAUCAUCACCAUGUCUACAGCGUGAGGCAUUGGCUCGGGGUGCGAUCCCCUCAUCAGGCCAUACUGGUUUCGGGUCAGUCAACUCCUGGUGUGCGCCUGCGAGUCAAAUCAGUGACUCGUAUCCCAUGCCCGAUGCUGCGCUCUUGGACGUUUCACCGUCACGUAUACUACAGAGCUACGUCCGAAGAACUCAGUCAUCGCAGGAACCAUAUUCGUCGCCAACGGCGCAUAAGAAGCGUCCUCCGGUACCAGAGUUUGGACACGGUGUUGAAAUUCCCUCCUCCCUACCACCUCACAGUCAAGAAGAAACUUGGCCUCCAGGGGCCUCUGAAAUCACAGAUAUCGUACCUACGACACCGCAAGCAGACAAAGCAGCAGUGGUUCCCAUACCCUCGGCGAAUACAGAGGUGAUAGCCUUCGAGCAUUUGGCCCCGAAUAUAACUCAUGUUUCUGGCAGUGUGGUUAGCAGCCACUCACCAGCUCUAUCCCCUCGUGCAGGGUCAGAACCCCCACUAUCAAAACGAUCCAAGAUUGGACACUUGGAGCAUGGUGAUCUCGUCAGAAGCUCUAGCGAUACAGGGCCAGCUCUAUCAACGAGAAACUCGCAGGGAGACCAAGUCAGCAAUAGCUUGGAAAUCCGGCCACCAUCGCCACCCGUGGGUGUUGACGACAUUGAUCCUGCAGAUCUGAUAUCUGAGAAGCUCGCGAAACUCGCCCGCGAUCUGUCGUCGAGAUAUCGUCCGACGACAAACCGCGAUAUCGAAGCGUUCGAACGAGGAUACUGGCUUAUCAACUGCAGGGGCUGGGACCCAGAUGUCCGCUUUGAUACUUGGGUUUUCCUCGCUAAUUAUCUCAAGAGUGGUUUGGCGGGUUGGGGAACCUGGUGCCGUAGAGACAAAACCCACGACUGGAUACGUCUGUAUUGCUGGGGCCAUGUCGCGAAGCAUACUUACUUACUUUUGUACCUAGCCAGUGGAAGACAGGUCAAGACAAGUGGUGCGAAGUGGUACGGAGCAGAUGGUGAAGUUGCUCUGGAAAUCCCGCCUUAUGAGAAGCAGUGA